AUGAAAGUUUCUCUACCAACAUUGAGAAAUCUAUUGCUUUGGCCUGUUUUGGCUCUUGCCGUUGCCGGUGGUGGAAGAGGCAGCGGUAGUUUUGUUAGUGGAACCAGUGAUGGUCUUGCUGAUGGUGAACUCAACGUUGUUGGGGAAACUAUCCAGAGCAAGAUGUGUCAUCGUCCAGAGGAGAUGGUUCGUGUUGAAGCAACGUGUGCUGGAGCACCCCUCGUGCACGAAGCUUUGCGUUACGAGUUGCUCGGGGACGGUAAAGUCAAAGUGGACUAUGCCAACUGGGUUGGUCAUGAUAUUGAAUGGACUUCGGUUAUAUCUAGGAGUAAUGGAGUUUUAAGGGUGACACCCAAAAAGGCUCUUCUUGCUGGAGAACGUUCCGAACCCGUUAUUCUUACCUGUGGGGGUCAUGCCAACGUUGCUAUGGACGUUGUAAUUGGCCUCAAUAUGGUCGCUGAAAAUAAGGAUACCUGUACCGGUUGGGAUCCUGUCAGCGAUGUUUGUAAAUCCCGUGUUGUAAUUUCUUGCAACCCCUGUGAGGACGAUGACGAAGAAGUAGAUAUCACCCAAGCUGAUGACGAGACAGUUGCUGGUGCUGUGCAAGGGGCUUCGACCGAAGCAACUGCGGAAGCAGGUGCAACCGGUUUGGAGGCUGCAAGCGUAAUGUCGAGAAUGACUGUUGGAACCGAUCUUGGUUCUUGUGUUACUCUCGAAUCGCAAGGUGGAAAGGGUUCUACUUGUGGAAAUAUGGAAAAUAUUGCUGUCAAUUUGCCUAUUCAGGCUUCGCCAAAUGCGGUGGAUGCCACUACGGUUGACAUUGCAAUUGAUCAAGCUUUCACAGACACUACUGUUACCAGGUUUGCGUUUUAUUACCAGAGUGGCAGUGGGCAGUAUGAGUGUGACGUUGACGAAGACGUUCCUGCCAAUGCGAAUUGGAAAAAAACAAUUUCUGCUUUUUGUUAUGGUGAUCCGGUUCAGAAGACUCCUCUCAAACUUUAUCUUUGGAUGUGCGGCAAAAAGGGGGAUGGCAAUUGUAAUUAUUGUCAGACUCCGGGCAACGACGAAAACUACGUUGAGUACGAGUUAAUGAUCGACUGUGAUUGUAUUAAUGGCGUUCCUACCUCUGGACCGACAUCGAGCCCCACCUUCGCUCCUACCUCUGGACCUACAUCGAGCCCCACCUUCUAUCCCACUUCGGUACCAACAAGUGGACCAACUUCUGGACCAACCUCUGGACCCACUGAGGGGGCAUUGGGCGUUCCACCUACCACCGGUCCCACUUCUGGUCCCACUUCUGGUCCCACUUCUAGUCCCACGUUCGCUCCUACUUCCGGUCCGACCUCGGGUCCAACGUCUCAUCCGACUUCUGGACCAACUUCUGGACCAACUUCCGGAGCAACUAGUGAGCCUACUAGCGGUCCUACAGCCAGUCCGACUGCAGGUCCCACUUCAGGACCAACUUCUGGACCUACUCCUGGACCUACCUCUGGACCUACUAGUGGACCAACCUCUGGACCAACCAGUGGUCCCACAAGUGGACCUACAUCUGGUCCAACUGAAGGUCCUACCUCUGGACCCACCAGUGGACCUACCUCUGGACCUACUAGUGGACCAACCUCUGGACCAACCAGUGGUCCCACAAGUGGACCUACAUCUGGCCCAACUGAAGGUCCUACCUCAGGACCAACAUCCGGGCCGACAUCAGGACCAACUGAAGGUCCUACCUCCGGCCCCACGUCUGGACCUACUAGCAGUCCUACCACUGGACCUACUUCGGGCCCUACAAGUGGUCCUACGUCUGUCCCAACUGAUGGUCCUACCUCUGGGCCAACUUCUGGACCAACAUCUGGACCAACCAGUAGCCCCUCAACAGGGCCUACGUCCGGACCGACUUCGGGACCCACCUCUGGACCGACUGUAGGACCUACUGCUGGACCUACCUCUGUACCUACCUCUGGACCAACCUCUGGACCAACUAGUAGCCCAACAGCUGGACCUACUAGUGGACCCACUAGCGGCCCAACUUCCGUCCCAAGUGAUGGUCCCACAUCGGGACCAACAUCCGGACCGACCUCUGGACCGACUAGUGAACCAACAUCUGGGCCAACUUCGGGACCGACCGCUGGACCAACAUCUGGACCAACCAGUAGUCCAACAGCUGGACCUACUUCGGGACCUACCAGCGGACCUACUUCCGUCCCAACUGCCGGCCCUACAUCAGGACCAACUAGCGGACCUACCUCUGGCCCUACUUCUGGUCCAACAUCUGCCCCUACUUCUGGUCCAACAUCUGCCCCUACUUCUGGUCCAACUUCCGGACCAACCAGUGGGCCUACUUCUGGGCCAACUUCCGGGCCAACAUCGGGACCGACCAGUAGCCCAACAUCUGGACCUACUAGCGGACCUACUAGCGGACCUACUUCCGUCCCAACUGCCGGUCCUACAUCAGGACCAACUAGUGGACCUACUUCAGGACCUACAUCUAGGCCUACAUCUGAACCUACAUCUGAACCUACCUCAGGACCUACCGCUGGACCUACUUCUGGGCCUACUUCUGGGCCGACUGGAGGUCCAACUUCGCUUCCUACAUCAGGGCCCACUAGCGGCCCUACCUCUGGCCCAACCACUGGACCAACAUCUGAACCAACUAGCGGACCUACAUCUGGACCAACCAGUGAGCCUACAUCUGGACCAACCAGCGGGCCUACAUCUGGACCCACUUCGGAACCAACUUCGGAUCCGACAAGUGGACCUACAUCUGGGCCUACAUCUGGACCUACAAGUGGGCCAACAUCCAGUCCUACCGCUGGACCAAGUUCCGGUCCUACAUCUGGUCCCACAAGCGGGCCAACAGCUGGACCUACAUCUGGCCCAACAAGCGUACCAACCUCUGGACCCACCUCUGGACCUACCUCUGGCCCAACAAGCGUACCCACCUCUGGACCUACCUCCGGACCGACCUCAGAACCGACCAGUAGCCCAACUGCUGGACCUUCUUCGGGCCCAACAAGUGGACCAACAUCUGGACCCACAAGUGGACCUACAAGCGGACCAACAAGCAGUCCAACCAGUACACCCACCUCUGAUCCAACUAGUGGGCCGACAGCAGGACCAACUUCUGCACCCACCUCCGGGCCUACAAGCAGUCCUACAGAUGGUCCAACAGUUGGACCAACAAGUUCACCUACAUCUGAGCCAACAGUUGGUCCAACAAGCGGGCCCACUUCUGGUCCGACUAGUGCACCCACAUCCGGACCUACCUCUGGACCAACCAAUGGGCCCACAUCUGGACCCACAAGCGGACCUACGUCUGGUCCAACAGCUGGACCAACAAGUAGUCCUACAUCUGGACCGACCAGUGAACCAACUUCUGGGCCCACUAGCGGCCCAUCCAGCGGCCCUACUUCUGGUCCCACAACUGGCCCAACAAGUGUACCUACAUCUGGACCAACAAGCCGACCCAGUUUGGGACCCACCAGCGGACCAACAAGUGGCCCAACCAGCGGACCUACAUCUGGGCCUACAUCCGGGCCUACAUCAGGACCAACCAGUGGACCUACAUCAGGACCAACAAGUGAACCCACAAGUGGCCCAACAAGCGGACCUACAUCUGGUCCUACUUCUGGACCUACUUCUGGACCAACUAGCGGUCCUACUUCAGGACCUACUUCUGGACCCACUUCAGGACCAACAUCUGGACCAACAUCUGGACCUACAAGUAGUCCAACUUCUGGACCAACGUCUACACCAACAAGCGGGCCUACCUCUGGACCAACAUCCACACCAACAACUGGGCCGACAGGUGGACCAACUUCCGUGCCCACCUCUGGACCUACAAGUGGACCUACCUCUGGCCCUACUUCUGUUCCAACAUCUGGUCCAACUUCUGGUCCAACAUCUGGCCCUACUUCUGGUCCAACUUCCGGACCCACAAGUGGUCCUACUUCUGGUCCCACCUCAGGCCCCACAUCUGGUCCAACUAGCAGACCUACAUCUGGACCAACUUCUGGACCAACUUCAGGCCCCACCAGCGGACCUACAUCUGGACCCACCUCUGGCCCAACAUCUGGGCCUACCAGUGGACCUACCUCUGGUCCAACUUCUGGACCAACGUCUGGUCCAACUUCGGGACCUACUUCCGGCCCAACUUCUGGACCAACCAGCGGACCUACCUCUGGUCCAACAUCUGGACCAACGUCAAGCCCUACCUCUGGUCCAACAAGCGGGCCCACAUCUGGUCCAACAAGCGGACCCACAAGUGGUCCAACCAGCGGACCCACAUCUGGACCAACUUCUGGACCUACCUCGGGCCCAACUUCUGGACCAACAUCAGGUCCAACUUCUGGACCCACAUCUGGUCCUACAUCCGGGCCCACAAGUGGACCAACUUCUGGACCAACCAGCGGUCCAACCUCUGGACCUACUUCUGGUCCUACGUCAGGGCCAACUUCUGGUCCUACGUCAGGGCCAACAUCUGGACCUACAUCAGGGCCCACAAGUGGACCUACCUCAGGCCCAACUAGUGGCCCAACUUCAGGUCCAACUAGUGGCCCAACUUCAGGUCCGACUAGUGGACCAACUUCUGGACCGACCAGUGGCCCUACUAGCGGCCCUACUUCAGGACCAACUAGUGGCCCUACUUCAGGACCCACAUCUGGCCCUACUUCAGGACCAACUUCUGGACCAACUAGUGGACCCACUAGUGGACCAACUAGUGGCCCUACUUCAGGACCCACAUCUGGCCCUACUUCAGGACCAACUUCUGGACCAACCAGCGGACCAACCAGCGGCCCUACUUCUGGACCAACUUCUGGACCAACCAGCGGACCUACAUCUGGACCAACUUCUGGGCCAACCAGUGGACCUACCUCUGGCCCCACCAGCGGACCUACUUCUAGUCCAACCAGUGGACCCACAUCUGGACCCACAAGCGGCCCAACCAGUGGUCCGACCAGCGGACCUACAUCUGGACCA